CUUCUCUUUCUGCCUCCCGCCAUUUUCGCUGACAGACUGGAGCAGCGUGGCAGCAGCUCCUCUACUCGCACCGUCUGACUGACGAGAGUAUGGCAGGCCACCAAAGCCAGAACAUGAAAGCUCAGGAUCCAGCGUGAGGACUAACAGAGAGGAAAAAGAAGAUGGAGGAAUUUCCCAUUGGGACGUUGCAGGCAGUGUGUUUAGGUUCCAGUAUUGCUCUCUCUGGUCUGUUCUAUUAUGUCUACAGGAAGAAACGCAAAACUGUGGACAAACUUAAUGAUGCUCCUCAGAUAGCUUUAAACAAGAACCUAGUAGAUCUUCUGAAUGUCACACCAGGAAAGUGUCUACAGUAUGUGGUUAUUGAAGGUACCGUGCAGCCUGUAAGGGAGCCGUUGAGGAGUCAGUUUCAGGAAGGAAGUGUUGGUGUAAUACAGAAACUUGUUCUUCGGGAGCACAAACUGGUGUGGAACAGCCUCGCACGCACCUGGACAGACCGCGAGCGUGUACUGCACCAGCGUGUGAAUGCUGUGCCCUUUAACCUGAUAGGUGGAGAUGGGGCGAGUGUACGUGUGCUUUGCCCCCUAGAGGCCACGGGCCCCGAGAUGGAGACUGUCCACGAGAAGUUCCACCAAGCCAGCUAUGGCUUCACCGACCUGUUGGGCCAGUACCUGAGUGGAGAGAAGCCCAAAGGCCAGCUGGAGACAGAGGAGAUGCUAAAGGUGGGGGCCUCGGUGACAGCUGUGGGUGAGCUCAUUCUGGACACAGACAGGCUGCUUAAGCUCCGCCCACCAACCGACGGUUCAGAGUUCUUUCUGAGCACGGGGGACUUUGAGAGUUUGCGGCUGGGGCAGGAGGGACAGGCGGGCAGCUGGAGGGCGCUGGCCUGCGUGUGUGCAUUAGUGGGCGUGGCUGUCCUGCUGUGGGUGGGUCGUCGCUACUACAAGGAGAUGGAGAGCAAACGAAAGAGGGAGAGAGAGAGAAUGGAAUUUGAACAGAUGUGGGAACGGGACAGGGAGGAAGACACAGAGAACCUGUGUGUGAUCUGCCUGAGCAGUCCGAGAGGGUGUGUGCUGCUGAAUUGCGGACACGUCUGCUGCUGUUACAGCUGCUACCAGGCCCUGCCUCAGCCCACCUGCCCUGUGUGCAGGCAGAUGAUCAGCAGAGUUGUGCCCCUCUACCAGGCAUGAGAGAGAAGAUACAUAUUUAAAAAAAAAACAAACAAAAAAAAAACAUACAUAUGUAUGUAUGUGUGUGUGUGUGUGUGUGUGUGUGUGUGUGUGUGUGUGUGUGUGUAGGUGAGGUAAUGUUAUUUUGCUACAGGACAUCUGUAAUGUAUAUGACUGAUUUGCAUAUAAUAAGGAAUGUUAAAUUGUAAAUUACAGAGGUGGGAGUGGCUACUUGAUUUACAUAUUGCCAUUAAACUAAUCUAAUCAUAAUCCAGCUAGCUAUUUAAAAGGGAAAUUCCACAGAUUUAUCAUAAUUUCUGCAUAAUUCAAUAUUUGAGAUAUAAACAAAGUCAUUCAGAGUGGUUGGAUGUAAAAUGCUGCAUUCUAGAGAAAAUUACUUACACAGAUUUCUUUACAGUGGUGGGGAUAGGAUCCGGGGGUUGCCACGACUACAACACAAAUAUAGCCUUUUUAUUUAAUAUCCACCACCAGUGAACCUGUGUCCUUUAAGUUUUAUGUGUAAUUUUGCCUUUGUGUCCCUCUCCACCACGAAUAGAUUUUUGGUGGAGGAAUUAAAUGCUUUAGAUAUGUUUCCCAUCAUCACCACUGUGAACAAUUCUGUCUCUUAAAUUUUUUUCACAUCAAAUUUCACAUCAAGCCACUCUGAAUGGCUCUGUUUAUAUCUUAAUCAUUGAAUUAUCUUUAGCAUCAAGUGCUGCAUUGCCAUCACCUCAGGAAUUUUCAGCCAACAGUCAACAUCAGCGAAUGAAAUCAAACAUGUUUUCUUUUAACAUAUUUUUUUGUUCGGAGAGGUACGCUUGAGGCAGGAUAAUACAUUUAAUUUGGGCCACAGAGAAUACAAAUAAAUGCUUCAUUGAGUGCCUCCAUACUUACAAAAAAUCCUUUUCCACAAAAUAUGAUGUGGCAAUUUUUACAUAAUUAUUACCUGGAGUACUGUUUGUUUUGUAGUAGGCAGCUGUAGUUGCCCAUUGGUAAUAAUUACACUACCCCACCUGCCCAUAUAAAACUAAUCUCUUCCAAUUCCUUAGUAUGUAAGAGUGGUUUUCUUUGACAAGGUUGAGUGAGAGAGACAAUUAGAGGAGAGGAAAUGACAGAAAAGUGGCUCUUUUAGAGUAGUGUUUGUUAAUCCUCCUGCUGGAAACGUCCUGCUCUGCAUAGUUUUAACUAUUCCUUGCCUCAACGCACCUGAUCCAUCACUGAUCGGCUUUGUCCUAGCAACUGAAACUUUGGCGUUAGCAUCUCCAAACUUGGACAGAUAGAAGUGUCAACUCCUGGAUGGGGCUGUGACAAAUUCACUUUUCCAAAAUGGAAAUGGAAACAUCAGUGUCACUGUUUGCCUAAUUUUGCAGAGCAAAUUAUAUUUCUUUGAAGAUGUUCUGCUUAUUUGUUGGAAUAUUUGGUUAUGUAAACAACAUAAUGAGAUAUGUAUAGCUUUUAUGUGAAAAAAUAGUGUCCGAAUAUAUUUAGCAUUUUUAAUGUUUAUUCGAACAGAUUGCAUUCGGUGUGCCUUAAGCGACAGGAUUAAGAAACACUGUUGUAGGGCAUAGAUUUACCCAAUAAAUUGUUCAUCAGUCAUUACUGUAUUAUUGGCCUUUCGGAUAUUUACAGUGCAGGAGACUGCAAGAUGCAUGUCUUUAACAAAUUGCAUAUAUUUCAUGUGUGCUAUGAGCAUUCUGACAAGUGCUUCCCUAGGAGCACAGUCGUUAUACUGACCUAACCAUGAAAUUGCCUCAAUUCUCCCUACAAACUCAUUGGUAGAGUAAUAAUUUGACAAUAGAAUUGUGAAAAAAUUAUUGAACAUCACAAAAACUAGCCUAUCCCUAAUUGUGCGUGUAGUGCAUUAUUUUGGCUUGUCCAUCAGGGUGCACAUGGCCGUUUGCCUCCCUGUUAGACUUUAGGUAUAGAAGUCUUUAUUUUAUGGUUUAUGUUGUGCACUAAAUAGCUAGAAGGCAGCCAGUUGAGAUUAAGCAAAUAGGAUGGAAUAAGAAAAAAGAAAGUAAGGAUUAAAGAGAGGCAGGGCCAAGACAAUGGAUUGAAUGGCACACUCUUGCGAAUGCUAACUCUACACUAUCAGAACACUAUAAAUUGUUUUGGAUGUUUCCUUAGACAAACAUGUCUGAGGCUGUUCUGCAUGGCAUACAGAGAACCUCUUUACAUGACAACACGAGUUACCAAUGCAAUACCAAAACCUGAUACUGAGCCAGAUGCAAAACAGCAAUAGCAAUAUAUAUAUGCCUACAUGCAUAUAACCUUUGAAGCUAAUGACAUGUAUGUCAAAAAGACAUUCUGAUUUCUGAAAAAGUAAAAAACUUGGAAUGCAAGAAACCUUCAGAGUAUUUGACUUGUUUUUUUAUAUAAGGUGACCUAAAUUUGUAGUGUACUGUGCAUGUUUCAUUAUUUAAUUUCCAAUCAACACUGCCAUUUAGUACAAGUUAUUCAUUUUUCAAAAAGAAUUUCUUAGGAGAUUAGAUGUAAUAUUGCAUAAGCAAAAUAAGUGGGGAAAAGCAGUAGUUUUCAAAAAAGAUGCAGAGCAAAAUGCAACAAACUUUUAAGACUGAACUUUGGAUAUAAAAAAUAUCCUGUCAGAUUUAUUUUUAAAAACUGAAGUUUUUAAGUCUCCUGAAAAGAACAGCAGCUGUAAUAAAGGUAAAGCCAAAGGAAAGGAAAAUGUGUUACUCUUGUAAGUUGUUGAGACUUCUGUAUGAUUUUCUGCUUAAUUUCUCCUGCUUUUUUCCUGAUGCUGAAGAAUAAAUGACUUGAUGGCUGUUUUGACUGGAAAUUGAA